AUGGUGGGCCACCUGCAUCUGCAGGGCAUGGAGGAGCGCCUCCAGCAGCAGAGCCGAGAGGGCCUGCUAGACAGCCCCGACUCCGGGCUGCCCCCCAGCCCCAGCCCCAGCCCGCCCUUCUACUGCCCGGUGCCCGGCCUCUCCGCGGAGCCCCCGGCGGCCGGCGAACCCAGAGUGGUAAGGAUGGCGCCUCCACACCGCCUCCCCCGAACCCUGCCAGCGCCGGAGACCAGGCCCAGGAUGCUGCCUGUGUUCUUUGGGGAGAGCAUUGAGUUGGACCCGGAGCCCCCGCAUGAGAUCCGCUGCAACUCGGAGGUCAAGUACACCUCAGAGAAGCACUUCCGGGACAACGUCUUCUAUGCGCCCGUGCCCACCGUCACGGCGUACAGCGAGACCGUUGUGGCCACCCCCAACUGCACGUGGCGCAGCUACCGCAGUCAGCUGACCCUGGAGCCGCGCCCGCGGGCCCUGCACUUCGAGAGCACCACCAUCAUCUUCCCCAAGCUCGCCCGCAGCUCCUUCCGCACCACCCUGCACUGUAGCCUGGGCCGGCCCAGCCGCAGGUUCGCGGCCAGCAUCCAGCUGGCACAGGGCGAGGGCCCGGCCCCCGGGGGGCUCUGACUGGCAGGACUCCGGCACAGCCCGGUGCGGGGGGGCAUGCAGGAUGGAGCCCACACUCCCCCUCCCUGAGUCUUCGGCUACUUUGUCCACGCAGUGCCCUCAGGGCCAAGACUUGCGUGACCUCGGCCACCGUGUGGCCACCCCGGGAAACCCCGGGGCCAAGGGGCUUCCUCCGCCUGGUUGUCUUAAUAAAACACGUGAACUGUC